AUGACUUUCAUAAAGAGACAGACAACUGUCCAAUACCAUCAGUUUUGUCUCAUCCGCCUACCUUCAGAAGGCAUCAAAAUAGUGGAAAUAAGACCUCAAGGUAUUGUUAAAUUAGGUAAAUUCGGUACCUUUGCCGUUGAUCAGAUCGUCGGGUUUCCAUACGGCCAGUCAUUUGAAAUCCUCGACGACAACAACGUUCGUCCUAUCCAGGGCUCGUUGGUGGAGCUGGAAGACGAUGAGCAGGACGACUCACUAAAGGAAAAGAUCCAAUAUCUUAGACAAUUGGACGUUGAAUCGUCUGAGACCAAUAGAGAUCUCGUUGAUAUUGGUAAUGCUACACAAGAGUUGACCCAAGAGGAGAUCGAAACAUUGAAGAAAACAUCUAAUGGUGCCAAUAUUGGUGAAGCGAUCAUCGACAAGCUGAUCAAAUCCCAUGUCAAUUUCUCCCAAAAGACCAAGCACUCCCAGGAGAAAUACCUUAGAAGAAAGCAACAGAAGUUCCUCAGAAGGUUUACUGUUGAUCUGCUGGGACCCUCACAACUACUGCAAUACUUCCUCGAGAAGGACCCUACAAAGGUGCUUGAUAUGAGUGAGGAGUCCAUGGGAUUAUUGCUCUCGCUUGCCAAUGUCCAGCCUGGUGGCCGUUAUCUGGUCAUUGAUGAAACCGGUGGUGUCAUUGUGAAUGCCCUGCUGGAUCGUAUGAGAGGCUCUGGUGAGUUGUUGGUUGUUCAUGAGAACGAACAUCCAAAUCACAGUGCUCUAAAGUACUCCAAUUUCGAACCUUCUGUGAUCGACAGAAUGGUGAAGACCAUUAACUUACUCCAAUUCUUUGAGCCAGAGGAUGAGCGAGUCCAAUGGAACGAUCUAUCACAACAGGAGAUUGAAGAGAUGAAAUCUAGCAAAAAGGCCCACUACUAUAGAAGAAGGGACAAUGCCAUUCAAAUCAACGAUGCAAUUGACAACGCCGUGAAGGGUGACUUUGAUGCCUUGAUCAUCGUUUCAACGUUAUACACACCAACACUUGUUAAGAAGAUGAUCGCCAAGGUUGGUGGCUCAAGACCAAUCGUUGUGUACUCACAGUAUAAGGAGCCAUUGGUGGAAACGCAAGUGGAAUCGAUGCAAAAUCUUGAGCUAUUGGCACCAACUCUUCACGAGACCAGAUGUCGACCAUACCAGACCAUCAUCGGUAGACUACACCCGCUCAUGACCAUGAAAGGAGGCGGUGGCUAUCUCUUCCACGCCAUCAGAGUGUUCCCGUUACAAGAGGGUGUCCAGGCCGUGGGCAGAGGCAUCAAAAAGAGAAAGAUUGAUGAUCAGCAAAGUGUUGAUAGCUGA